AUGGGAGCUAAGCAGAGCAAGCGCUCGGUGGACAUCAGCGGGAAGGAGGCGGAAAGUGCCGGGGAAGUGGCCGCGGCAGGCGCAGGGGGCGAAGGCCGAGUGGAACAGCUCGCCGAUGCCGACGCCCUCAAGCCGCAGCUCAAUGGAGACGCGCACAUACACGAAACCUCGGACAAAGAAAAACAGUUAGAUAGCGGCACGCCUGAAAAUGAAAAAGAUGCCGCCACAGAGAAAGAAGGAAAGGUGGCAGAGGAAGCAAAGGAAAAAGAAAGUCCCACCGCCGUAACAAAUGGUGAAAGCGAGCCGAAGGAAGAAAAUGGGGACACGGUUGCUACUGUUGAAGAUGCAAAGAAACCAAAGAAAGAAAAGGUCAAGAAGAAAUGGUCGCUCAGGUCGAUUAGUUUUAGCAGAAAAGACAAACCCAAACAAGAUAAGAAAGUUAAAGAGGACGAGGCCAAAACGCCGAACGGCGAGUCGGACAAAUUGCCAGAAGAGAUUGCAGAAAAGACUCCUGAAAAUGCAGUUAACGAAGUUGCCGAAGAAGCUAAAUCAGACACAGAUACAAAGGAAGAAAAAGCUCCAGAAACCCCAGUCACAGAACCUAUCACCAAUGGAAGCAACACACCUGAAUCCCCUAAAACAGAAUCCUCCCCUAUCAUUGAACCUAUCCCAGAAACUCCAGAAGACAACAACAGGCCUGAACCAAAAGCCGCGUUGCCUGAACCUGAGCAAUUGCCUGUCAAUGGACUCUCUUUGGAGGAACCUAAAGUUGAGGCUCCAGAAGUAACAAAAUUCGAGGAAAUCAACACUGAAAAAACUCUUUCAGUUACGUCAGAAUCGGUUCCGGCCCCAGAAAUUGCUGUUACGAAAGAGGUUUGUGUUGAACAAAUGCCUAUGAUAGAGCCCUCGCCUCCUCCACUCCCUGCUAAUCCCCCUCCUUCAUCAGUGGCUUCCUUUGCUGCAACCACUAUGGCACCUGAAUUGACAGACGCUUCACUCGCCACUUCUACCGACAUUACCACCACUACAUCACCAAUUGCUAUUACAGACACUAAAAAAGAUGUUAUUGACAACAAUACUUCAGAAAGCAACCACGAUCAAGUCGACGUUGAAAUUGAUACUUUAUCUGCUUCUAAUGAAUUUAAACCAGAAAAGUCAAUCAUUCCCACUAUAACAUAUAAUGGAAGUGAUAAUGAGACUGACAUGGCUUCGGAUUUGAAGAACUAUGAAAGUGUUUCCUCGGUGUCUGUUACACAUUCGGAAGUAAUUGUACCUGACAAUGUAGAAAUCCCUGUAAUGUUGACCAAUGUAUCACAUUCGCAACAAGACUUGUCCUCUCCUACUAUACUCGAAGUAAAUUCAAAACAAAAUUAUGACAAUACUGACGCUGUGACAGACAAAGAAUCAAUAAGCGAUGAUAAAGAAAUUACAGUUAACAAUUACCAUUUACAAAAUGAAGAAUUCAAUGACAGUAGCGUGGUAGGCGCUGAAAAUUUGAAGAAUACUGCCAAAAAUUCUCAUGAAAUUGUUAAAGAACACGAAUGCAACGGUAAAAUGGAAGAUGAGAAAAGUGAAAGUGAAGACGUAACUCCGCAAGUAAACAUGGUGGAAGAUGUUAUACUGGAAGCGGGCAAAGCGACGACGCCCGAUGACUCGAUGCCGCCGUCACUAUCGGAGGCGAUGGAGUCGCAGGCGUUCGAAGUGAGCAAUGAUGCUUCGGAAUCGUUCCCACUGCCCCCCAGCGAGUUGUGCCGCUCCGAGGAGGCCUCUCCCCCCAACUCACCUCCGGCCGUCGCCUCACCACAGGAUGCAUUACCUGUCGUAGACAAGAUAGCCGAUUUAAUCCCUGAAGUUCCAGUUGUGCCAGAAUUGAAAACUGAUAUGGAGACAACGAGUGAUGUUGCAGUGGCCAACUAA